AUGCGCGCAACGACACUGCGGCAUUUGCGCCUUGCGCUUAACGCGUUCCUCGAAGACGCGGCAUUGAUUCUCCGGGCGAUGGACACGUUUGAAAGGCCAGAUGCGGAGCAUGCGCAUGCGCAAGGGCCGCUUGAGCACGGAUCUGUAGGAAUAGCUGGUGGGAUGCCGCACGAAACGCAAAAGCAGCAGGUUCCGACUGCAAAAAGUGGACAUCCCGCAUAUCCAGCGGUAGAGCUGCUGUGUGAAAAGUAUCCUGUGCAGCGCGCUGCGCUCUUUCAGACGUUUGUGGAUCUGCAGUAUGCAGCGGCAUGGUGCGACCUCCGCGCAGUCGACAUUCCACGCGAUAUUCAAGGCGACGUAUACACGUUUGGCGGAAAAGGAUGGGCAAUGCUGAUUGGAUUUGCACCGGAUUCGACAGUCCCACAGUCCGUGCUACCCAUGGCGAUUGAGCAGGCGUUCACCACGUCGAUGAUCGCAGACCUAUUUGCUAGUCUGCCGGAGGAUGUGGUGCAAACGCAUAUUCUACUUGCGAUGAUGUCUGGAGAUGCUACCGUUGUAUACUAUAAGCUUUCGCGCGGUAUGACCAAGCCAGUUAACUGA